UUGCGAACGCGACUGCAGGCCUGCCAGCAGCUUUUGCCGUUUUCAACAAUUCAGUUUCGUUUUGAUAAUCGAGUCGCGUGGGUGUGCGUGUGUGUUAGUGUGUGUCCUUCGCACGCAUCUGUGUGUGAGCGCUCGGUCAGCGUCGUUGUCGAAGUUGUCGCAGUCGCAGUAACAGCCGCUCCUGUGUCCAUGCAUCGACGCAUCAUUUGAAAAUUGGCAGCAACAGUUGCAGACGCAACAUCAUAGCGACAACAGCAACACAAGCUAACAGCAACAACAGAAAAGAAAUUAUUAAAAUCUCAAAAGUUCUAAGAAAGAAAGUGUGAGUUCUUUUCAAAUCAAAACAAAAAAUUCGUUGAACGAAUUGGCAAUUCGUGUUGAUGUUAAUGAUUUGUGUGUGUGCGUGAGUGCGUGUGCUAAAAUGAGCGCAUACGGUGAACGAUUUUAAAGUGAAAGUGAAAGAAAGAACCAGAGAAGAUCAAGAAAAACACAAACGCCAAUCAAAAUUGCAUUAAAAAUCAACAAACGCAACAACAACAAAAAUAACAACAAAACCAAAACACGACGCAUCCAAAUAUUUGAAACCAAAAAAUACAUAACCAAAAAUCCAAACAACAGCAACAACAACAACAACAACACCAGCAACAAAUCAACAACCAAUCAACACAACGUCACUCAAAAAUCAUUGAAAAUCAGCCGCGCUUGCAGAGUCCAGUCAGUCAGUCACUCACUCAGUCAGUCAGUCAGCCAAACAUUCAAUCUAUCAAUCAAUCAAUCAACUCAAUCCAUCAAGCAACAUGCUAAAGAUACACAUGCUCGAGCAAGUCGUCAACACGGAGAACGUCUGUGAGAACGCCCAGGAGCUAUCACCAAAGCGCAAAAUAGCAGUGGCUGCCACAGCUGCUGCAUCCGUAUCCGCAUCUGCCACUGGCAGUGGAGGCGGCUCCUCCAAUAGUGGCAGCGCCAAAACCACGCCAACAGUUUCGGCCACCUCCUCGCCACAUCAUCAGCCAACGCCGCCGCAACGUCACAUCCAUGCAGCAGCGGGCAAAUGCGCCAGCCAAGGAUCAUCGCCAGCCGGACGACAACAUGCCUUCAUGGCUGGCACACAGAAGCAGCCCGGCUCUGGAGGGGGCAGCAGCGUCACCCACAGUCCGGAACGCAUGCGAGGCGCAACUCAUGAUCUCUUCGAGCUGCUGGAACGUGUACAGUGCUCGCGCUUGGAUGACCAGCGAUGUGUGCUGCCGGCGUACUUUUCACAGAAUCAUCAGAAUCAUCAUCGGGGCAGUUCGGGGGACGAGCGCGUGCCACAGCCGCACUCCCCACACGACACCAGCGGCGGCCAUCAGAACGGGUCGCUGCAGCAUUCGGGAUCGCGGGCCACGCUGCGACACUCGAUGAAUCAUUCGAGCACCUCAGCCUCGAGCUCCACACCCGCCUCGCCACAGCUGAGCGGCAUUGUGAGCGCCUCGGGCGGACAGCUGCUGUCCAAUGGCCAUCACUAUCAGUCACAGUCGUCGGUGUCAUCGUCCUCAUCCAUCGUGUCGACGAUACCGGCUUCGCAGCGUCUCCUGGAGGAGGUAUUGGCCAAGCCGGCGCCAUAUCCGAUGAUCGUUCGGCCCAUGCACGGCGGCUACUGGAUGGAUGGGACCGAGCACGAGUGCAGUUACGAUGCGCGCGGUAAUCCUGUGCUCUCGCAGACCACCUGGAUGGCCAAGUUCGAGACAGACGACACGGCCAAAUGCUAUCGACGCUUCUAUGUGGCUCGCGAGCACUCCAAUCUGGUGGGCCAUGAUGAGCAGCUGGGUCCGGUGCUCAUCUCGAUUAAGACGGAGAAUGUGGCCAAUCAGGAGCAUGUCCGUAUUCUGCUGCGUCUGCGCACCGGAACAAUGCACGAGCUGAUUCCGGUCUCCUGCAUGGGUCCCCAGCCCAGUCCCGCCAAAAUGGUGCGGCUGCUCAACGAGCAGAUACAGGUGGACAACUUUAUGCCCGUGCUGUGCUCCAAGGCCUCGCAGCUGAUUAGCGUCUACGACGAGCAUGUCCUUGUCUCGCACUUCAAGUUCGGCGUGCUGUACCAAAGAUAUGGCCAGACCACAGAGGAGGAGCUGUUCAGCAAUAAUCAAACAUCGCCGGCGUUCGAGGAGUUCCUCGAUGUGCUCGGGCAACGCAUUCGCCUCAAGGAGCACAAGGGCUAUCGUGGUGGGCUGGACAUACAGAACGGCCACACUGGCGAUACGGCUGUCUAUGAGGUAUUCAAGGAGCGUGAAGUUAUGUUCCAUGUUUCCACACUGCUGCCCUACACCGAGGGGGAUCCGCAGCAGCUGCAGCGCAAGCGGCACAUUGGCAACGACAUUGUGGCCAUAGUGUUCCAGGAAUCGAACACACCCUUCACCCCGGACAUGAUUGCCAGUCAUUUUCUGCACGCCUUCAUUGUGGUGCAGGCACUAGAGCCAAAUACGCCCCACACCCGCUACAAGGUGAGUGUGACGGCCCGCGAUGAUGUGCCCUUCUUCGGCCCCACACUGCCCAGUCCGGCGGUCUUUCGCAAGGGUCAGGAGUUCAAGGAGUUUCUGCUGACCAAGCUGAUCAACGCGGAGAAUGCCUGCUACAAGGCCGAGAAGUUUGCCAAGCUGGAGCUGCGCACGCGCACCUCUCUAUUGCAGAAUCUGUGCGAUGAGCUGAAGGAGAAGACGCGCGAUUUCCUCGGCUCCGACUCUUCGCAGGCUCUGACGGGCAGCCCAACGCCCGAGACGCCCAAGUCGGAGAGCAGCCAUGCAGGCUCCCGUUUCAUCGACACCGUUAAGAAGGUUUGGAUCAAUCGUACUCGCUCGCAGAGCGUUGACACCGGCAAUGGUGCUCCUCCGGAUAAAUUUAGUGUGAGCACCAAAGGUGGAGCCGCAGCCACGCAUUCACAUGGCGGCAAGAAGGAGAUCCAGGCAGACACGCCCAAUGCGUCCUGCAGUCGCACCGCUUCAAAGUCAUCUUCGAAGUCGAAGUCCUCUAAUGAUUCCACAUCAUCCUCGCCGGACAUCACGUCGCGUGGUCCGCUGAGCUUGAACGCCGCCAAUACGGCUCAUUAUCAGAACAACAACAACAAUGGCCAUCAUGUCGCCGGUCCAAAUAAUGCCAAUUCUGGACAGUCGAACGGCGGAGUCGUUGGCGCGGCUACCGCGGCAGUCAAUGCGGCCCAGAAUGGUGGCAUUGUGGGCGUGGCUGUGGCCACCAUGUCCGAAACCAGCGAUGAUUCGUCACUGAACAGCGUGGACUUGGAUCCCAUAAUGGGGCAUAUGGAUGGUGGUGCCGCCUACAUAGACAGCGAUACGGGUCUGGAGUCGAUGAGCUCAGCGGAGGCCACCACCAAGGCCUGCUCGCUGUGUCUGGAUGGGGCACAGGGACUGAUGGGUUCGUCGCCCAGCAAUGAGACCAUUAUAAUGAUCGAGAGCCUGCGGCAGGAGGUGACGCGACUAAAGUGCGACAAGCUGGAUCUGUUGCGUCAGAAUGUGACCUGUCAACGCGACAUCAAACGUCUUCGCGAACGCGAACUCUCACUGCAAGGCGAUCUGACGGCAGCGGGUCGUGAGAUUUUGCGCCUGCGCGAUCUGCUCAAGGAGUAUAUGCCGGACACGGCUACAGCGCCGCUCUCCAUAUCGCCAAUCUAAGCGAGCGAUAGCGGAGGCGUCGACGGCAACGGUGGAUGCUGUUUGUUAAACAUGUGUGUGUUAUAUGUGUGUGCGUGAGAGUGAAAUGUUGUGUGUGUGGAACCACUGUGCCGUGUCUAACACUUGGGCGGGCCUCAGCGGACAGCAAAGCCCGCAGUUUGGAAACGUUGGUCGUGCGCGCAUAGCGCCCUAAACAAAGAUACAAAAUAUAUAGUAUAUAUACUAAAUACGGAAAUAUAAAUCCAAUAGAGAAACUGUAUUAUAUUUAGUUUGCAUUGCUGCUCAGGCGGUGUUUCUAGGACUAGCAGCAGGCAUGCGCCUAAUUAUUAUUUUUAUGUUUAUGAUUAUGAUUAUUAUUAUUUUAAUUAAUAACAGUUAUGAACUAAACCACAACAACAAACAAACAAACAAACAAAACACAAAACUCAAAAAGUACACCAAAAAUAUAAUUAUAAGUCUUUAAGCAUAUUUAACACAAAAGCAGAAAUGAAAGCAAAAUACCCUCAAAGUCCCCCUAGAUGUAAGCGAGAACGAUCAACUUAAUGUUAAUGCUAAUCUCACAGGACAUCACAGUUGAUGAAACGAAACAGUUAAUUCAAAUUCAUUAUAAAAAUUAGUAGCCAGCACACAAGUAGCAAAGUUUUGAGGUUUACAAAACCGUCACUCAUAGUUCUUGCAACUUCUCAAGCUGCACUCGAUUUCUAUGCUGGCAACUCUGGUCUUGCAAUUGUCCAGCCUGCACUCCAAUUCCAUGCUGGCAGCCCCAUGGCUGCAUUCGAUCCUGAUUCGAUUCUGGCAACUGUUUAUAAAGUUCUUUAUAAUUUAGCUCUGUGACUUCCUUUUGUUAUCACUUCAUUUGAAAACUAAUAACUAAAAACUAAACUUUUUACCAGCGAUAACUAAAUUAUAAUUUUUAAAAUUUAAAAACCAUUCGUUAGUUUUGUAGGAGGCAAUCGAUAAACUCUUAACUUAAGCUUAAUUUGCUUUAAAUAUUUCUACAACAACUACGUUAAUAACUUAAGUUCGAAUUGAGGAAUAUUAAUACAGCGGUAAAAACAAAUGACUCAAAGAAAUCGGCGAAUGCGUUGUACAUACAAACAUAAUUGUUUAAUUAUCGAUUUAAUUAACUAUGCUUAUUAAUGACAAAACUACACGUGUACUAUUAAUAUCAAAUAAGCUAUUUUGAAACCAUGCGCGUAUUUAGAGAGCAAGGAAACAACAAACAAUGAAAUACAAACCGAAAUACAUAUGAAAACAUUUCGCAAAUUAUGUAAGUCAAGUAGUGUUUCUGCUACAAAAAGUAAAACUUAUCAAAAACAAAAUAUGCAAGAAAUUACGCAAAGAAUUACGGAAAGAGAAAAUCAAACACGUAUCUAUGAAUUUUAAGUACACAAUUGUUUUUGUUGACAA